ACGGUCUCCUGUUCAUUUGGGAGGGAGGGGCGGUGUUCCUGCUCACUCCUGACAGGUGUGUGACCGUGAGUGCGACCUGCCCCUGCCCCCUGCCCUGGGUCUGCUUCCCCGAAAGAUGUCAGGAAAUCCAGGCCCAUUCGUAGCCCUCUGCACCACCCCCCGCCCCCCUUCUCUAGCACUUUCUCCCUGACAGAUGCAUAUUUCUUCUCACCAUUGCAUUUCUCCCUUCACCCUCUGGUCCCCUGCUUCUGCCAUCUGCUUAGGAUCUGUCCCCCUGGGGAGCCCAUGUCGUCUGAAACAUUACACGUCUGAAAGGCAAAUCUGAGAAGGCUCCCCUGUGCCCACUCAACUUCCCAGUAUCCUUCAUUCAGAUUUCCUUCAGUUUCCCUUCGCUCCUCUGCAUCAGUUCAUUCAACAGAUACCUGUUGAGCAUCUGUUAUAUGCCAGGUGCUUUUUAAGGUGCUGCCAAUACUGUAGCAAACAAGAGAGACACGGUCCCUGCCCUCACAGAGCUUCACUCACUCCAGUGGAGGGUGACAGACUGCCCAAGGAACCCACUAAAUAGGAUAAUUGCAGGUUCUCAGAAGUAUUACCCAGAAAAUGAAACAGCUUCACGUGCUAGUAAGUGACUGGGGUGCCAGUGGCGUCACUGGCUGGAGGGGGCAGGGAGGGCUUUCCUGAGGAGGUGACACAGGAGCUGUGACCUGGAGGAGGAGGAGGAGGAGCCAGGCUCCAGUGCCCCUGGGCGGAGGGAACCUCCAGUGCAAAGGCCCUGCUGUGAGAACAAACUAAACGACAGUGCCUGCAGCAGAGUAGGCCAGUGGGGAGGGCCGGGACAGACCGGGCCUUGCUGGAGUUUGGAUGCUACAGUGAGGACCUGCUUGGCAUGUUGAGCACGGGCUCUAGGCGCGUGGGCUCAGUAGUUGUGGCGCACGGGCUUAGUUGCUCCGCAGCAUGCAGGAUCUGCCCAGACCAGGGCUCGAACCAGUGUCCCCUGCAUUGGCAGGCGGAUUCUUAACCACUGCGCCACCAGGGAAGUCCCAGCUCUUCAUUUUUUUAUUGGAGUACAGUUCCAACCUCUGUUCUUUGAAGCCCUGAGGCCUGGCAUACAGUAAUUAAAAUCACCGGCUUUGGAACCAGGCAGUCUGCUUUGCAGCCCGGCACUGCCACUUACUGACUGUUUGACCCUGGGCGAGCUCCCUACACUCCCCGAGCCCCAGGUUCCUUGUCUGGAAAAUGGGGAUGACGAAGGUACCUGCUUCACGGGGCUAUAGUGAUGACACAUCGGAUAAGGCAUGUAAAUAUCAUACAGUACAGUGCCUGGCAUACAGACUCCACUAAUGACAGUUGCCACCGUCACCAUUAUUAGUGGCUUGGACCAGGGAAGGCUGCGUGGAAGUGGCUGGUGGAGCAGGAGUAGAUGGCGCGCGACUGGGUGGCUUCCCACGUACCGAGCAUGAUCUGCGCCCGGAGUGCGCCAGGCGCACGUGUGUCCUUAUUCGGGUGUCCCCCCAUGUGUGGAGGGCCACGCUCCCGAGGCCUUUGAUGGCAGGCGUAUGGGAAGUGGGCCUCCCCCCCACCUUGCCACUGCCACCCUGCGCAGCUUCUCCCCACUCUGCUCUAAAACGAGAAGUAGAGUGAGUUCCCCCAAGGGGUCGGCCGCGCCCCUUCCUGUCCCCGCCCUGCCGGCUGCCCCAGGCCAGUGGAGUGGCAGCCCCAGAACCAGGACCGCGGUGGUGAGGUGGCCUGGGCGCUGAGAGCCUCACGAGGCUUAGCCCCAGCGUUCUCCGCCUGCCCGGACUCAGCAGCACCACCCUGUUGCCUGCACCCCCUUCCCCCCGGGCACCCCCAGGAUGGUGAGGUGGUUUCACCGAGACCUCAGCGGGCUGGAUGCCGAGACCCUGCUCAAGGGCCGAGGGGUCAACGGGAGCUUCCUGGCUCGGCCCAGUCGCAAGAACCAGGGCGACUUCUCCCUCUCCGUCAGGGUGGGGGAUCAGGUGACCCACAUAAGGAUCCAGAACUCGGGGGAUUUCUACGACCUGUAUGGAGGGGAGAAGUUCGCGACGCUGACGGAGCUGGUGGAGUACUACACGCAGCAGCAGGGCGUCCUGCAGGACCGCGAUGGCACCAUCAUCCACCUCAAGUACCCGCUGAACUGCUCAGAUCCCACCAGUGAGAGGUGGUACCAUGGCCACAUGUCUGGAGGGCAGGCAGAGACACUGCUGCAGGCCAAGGGUGAGCCCUGGACUUUUCUCGUGCGUGAAAGUCUCAGCCAGCCUGGAGAUUUUGUGCUGUCCGUGCUCAGCGACCAGCCAAAGGCUGGGCCGGGCUCCCCGCUCAGAGUCACCCAUAUCAAGGUCAUGUGUGAGGGUGGACGCUACACAGUGGGUGGUUCAGAGACCUUCGACAGCCUCACGGAUCUGGUGGAGCAUUUCAAGAGGACGGGGAUCGAGGAGGCCUCGGGCGCCUUCGUCUACCUGCGGCAGCCAUACUACGCCACGAGGGUGAACGCAGCUGACAUUGAGAACCGGGUCUUGGAACUGAACAAGAAGCAGGAGUCGGAGGACACAGCCAAGGCUGGCUUCUGGGAGGAGUUUGAGAGUCUGCAGAAGCAGGAGGUGAAGAACUUGCACCAGCGGCUGGAAGGGCAGCGGCCAGAAAACAAGAGCAAGAACCGUUACAAGAACAUCCUUCCGUUCGACCACAGCCGAGUGGUCCUGCAGGGACGUGACAGUAACAUCCCUGGGUCCGACUACAUUAACGCCAACUACGUCAAGAACCAGCUGCUAGGCCCGGAUGAGAAUGCUAAGACCUACAUCGCCAGCCAGGGCUGCCUGGAGGCCACGGUCCUCGACUUCUGGCAGAUGGUGUGGCAGGAGAACACCCGUGUCAUCGUCAUGACCACCCGGGAGGUGGAGAAGGGCCGGAACAAAUGUGUCCCAUACUGGCCAGAGGUGGGCACUCAGCGCGUUUAUGGACUCUACGCUGUAACCAACUGCGGGGAACACGACACAGCUGAGUACAAACUCCGCACCUUACAGGUCUCCCCGCUGGACAAUGGGGACCUGGUUCGGGAGAUCUGGCACUACCAGUACCUGAGCUGGCCUGACCACGGGGUCCCCAGCGAGCCUGGGGGUGUCCUCAGCUUCCUGGACCAGAUCAACCAGCGGCAGGAAAGUCUGCCUCACCCAGGGCCCAUCAUCGUGCACUGCAGCGCCGGCAUCGGCCGCACCGGCACCAUCAUUGUCAUCGACAUGCUUAUGGAGAGCAUCUCCACCAAGGGCCUGGACUGUGACAUCGACAUCCAGAAGACGAUCCAGAUGGUACGGGCCCAGCGCUCGGGCAUGGUGCAGACGGAGGCGCAGUACAAGUUCAUCUACGUGGCCAUCGCCCAGUUCAUCGAAACCACCAAGAAGAAGCUGGAGGUCAUGCAGUCCCAGAAGGGCCGGGAGUCGGAGUACGGGAACAUUACCUACCCCCCAGCCAUGAAGAAUGCCCAUGCCAAGGCCGCCCGCACCUCCUCCAAACACAAGGAGGACGUGUAUGAGAACGUGCACGGUAAGAACAAGAGAGAGGAGAAGGUGAAGAAGCAGCGGUCAGCCGACAAGGAGAAGAGCAAGGGUUCCCUGAAGAGGAAGUGAGCUGGGCCUGUCCUGCGGCGGCCACGCCUCAGCCCCGUCCCUGCAGAGGCCUCCAGUGGAAGACGCAGAGCCUGAACCUCGGAGCCUGGCCCCCCAUUCCAUUGUAAUUUAAAUGGCCGUGUCCCCACCUCCCUCUCCCAGCCCCUGUAUAUAGCCCAGCAAGGCCCCUGGCAGGGCCAGGCCCUUCUCGUGUAAAUAAAGCCUCUAGGUCACUG